GUGUGUGUGUGUGUGUGCGUGUAUGUGUGCUUUGUAUUAGUAGGCAGUGCUAAAUGAAAAUGCAGUGGAAAAAGAAGAGGACAGGUUGCUCAACUGAUUAUAAUUUAAGAAGACAGACUGAUUGGACAGUGUAUGUGUGUGAUCAGUGAGAACUGACAAGUUAUAAUUGUUAACAGGGAGUUAGCGGUAGUUACUGGCAAGUACUGGGACAUAGCUCAUCACGAUGAAUAAUUUUUGGAUCCUCUCCCUCUGCCUCCUAUCAGCUGGGGUCUCAGUGGGGUCAGGGUUCAUCACAUGGAGAGGUAUGGAGGGAGGAAACACUCACAUCAACUGUACUUAUGAACAGGGCUUUGAGGCAUUCCCAAAGUACAUCUUAAAAGGAGACUACCUAUUCGAAAUUCUCAUUAAAACCCUAAAGGUCCCUAACCAGAGUCCAGUAUGGACUUAUAAAGGGAGAUAUGCGCUAUAUGACGACACAGAGAGAAGAGUCUUCACUGUGACCAUUGAUAACCUGAACCUAGAGGAUGCUGGAACAUACUGGUGUGGAGUGGAAUCAUGGGGACUAGAUAAGCUGAUUCAAGUCAGGCUCACUGUGGAUAGAGUUUCAGGUAACUCAGUUUUAAGAAUCUCACUGGGGACUGUGAGUCUGGCUGUGUUGCUGCUAGUGGUCAGCCUGCUAAUAGUCUACAGAUGGAAAUGUAACAAGGAACAAGGGCCAGUCUCUCCCAGCAGACAGAAGUCUAGCAAACCAAACACAGGAAACACUAAAGAGGCAACCUACAAAAAUCUGAACCCCAGCAUGGCAAACCAAGACACCAUCUACCAAAGCCUGAAUCCUGAAACUGCAAACCAAGACACCAUCUACCAAAGCCUGAAUCCUGAAAUUGCAAACCAAGACACCAUCUACCAAAGCCUGAAUCCUGAAACUCAAACUGCAAACCAAGACACUAUCUACCAAAGUUUGAACCCUGGACUUGCAAACCAAGAUACCUUCUCCCUAAACCCUGGCCCCUGAAUGAAACUAGAACUUAUUGCAUGCCAAUAUUGUGCUCCAUAUCUUGAAUUAUGGUGAAGGUAAUGUAUUGACCUGGAUAGGUAUGUCCCUAGUAAAAUAAAUCCUAUAGGAUUAGUGAGUUUUCCAAUAGAAUCCCACAGGAUUCUCACAAUCCUAUAGGAUUUUGUCACCUCUAACAGAAUCCUAUUGGAGUCCUAUUGUACUACUUUUUGCCUAUUGGACUUUUACUUAACCCAUUAAAUUAUAGUUUGUUCCAGUACAAUACAACAUCAUUCAUUACAACAUUUUCGUUAAUUGGAAAAAACAGUUCUGUAUUAAUUUCUGCUUUAUUGACCUUUAAUAAAGCCUGUCCCUUUAAGAGUGACAGAUGACUUCACAGCAAGCAUGAGCUUGCAGCGUUAAUAGGCUCUAUGCACGCAUCACUUCCGCAUUGGCGUAAGGAUGCUUGGGCAUUUCCGGUUACCGGAAAAAAACAUUAGACA